CUAGUGGUUAUGGGCCACAGGCCGCUAGCCGCCAAAUAUGGAAGAUACUGUAGCAAUUGGCAGCGACUCGCCAGCGGCGACCCCGCCUUGAAUCCCUAAGUGUCCGAGCAAGCCAUUCACCAUUUCUGCGAUAUCAAACUUCACGUCUUCGGCACAGUAGACGCCAUGGACCUAGAACCCACGCGCCCGAUGGCGCAUGGAGAAUACACCGUCGCGAUAAUUUGCGCCAUCGGUUUCGAGAUGAGCGCAAUCCGCUACCUCCUCGACCGCGAGCAUCCCCGCUUGCGCACCCAACCGGGCGACACGAACAUGUACGUCCUCGGCGAGCUUGCCGGCCACAACGCCGUCCUCGCAUGCCUGCCAGGCAACCAGGGAAAGAGUGCGACUGCCGUCGUCGCCACCAACCUGGCACGCAGCUUCCCUUCCAUCGAGUGGCGUCUGCUCGUCGGCAUCGGAGCCGGGGUGCCUAGCCACAAGCACGACAUCCGUCUCGGCGACGUGGUCAUCAGUAUGCCCGAGGGCCAGUACGGCGGCGUGGUACAGUACGACCUCGGCAAAGACACCGAGGACGACUUUCGGCUCAAGGGCUUUCUCCUUCCUCCGCCCUCGCGCCUGCGAAGCGCCGUCGAGAUGAUGAAGUCCGACCACCUAAUGGCGGAGAACAAGGUCGACGAGUUUCUGUCCCACAUGCUGCAGAAGUCGCCGCGCCUGUCCAUUUACGCACGCCCACCGCCUCAGCUGGACAUCCUUUUCGAGCCCGACUAUCCUCAUCCGUCUGAUCAGGCAACUUGCGGGCGAUGCGACCGGGCUAGGGCCGUCCCCCGCAAAGCCCGUGCCACCAGCUCUCCCGAGAUCUACUACGGCCUGAUCGCCUCUGGCGACCGCGUGGUCAAAGCUGCCCACAAACGCGACGCAGCCGUCAAUAGCGUUGGCGACAUACUCUGUUUCGAGAUGGAGGCGGCCGGUAUAGCUACUGAGUAUUCGUGCAUCGUGCUCCGCGGUAUUUCCGACUAUGGAGACUCCCACAAGAACAACGACUGGCAGCACUACGCAGCGGCUGCGGCCGCCGGAUCUGCGAAGGAGUUGCUUUCGUAUAUUGACCCCGAGGAACCUGCCCCAUCGCCACUACCGCCAUCAAGCACAGUCCCGGUUAGAGGAGCGCGGGACACUCCACACGUCGAUGGACAGAGAAUACAGAACUCGGGUUCUGGCAAUAUUUCAUUUGGGCGUGAUAACGUCGCAGUCGGUGGAGACAUGCAUAUAAUAAACACCAUAGUAUCUAGCAGUCGUGAUCCGACACAAGACCUGUUGACAGACUUCAUGUCCGACCUUUGCGAGAGCGACCCCAGCGCUGACAUGACUCGCAUCGAAGACGACAAGGGCGGCUUGCUGCACAAUUGCUUUGACUGGAUCCUCGAGAACGAUCAAUUGAAGCAUUGGCAACAAUCCAAAGACGCUCGACUCCUCUGGAUCAGGGGAGAAGCAGGCAAGGGCAAGACAAUGCUCAUGAUCGGCCUCGUCAAUCAAUUGGCCCGGUCAAGGUCCCCAACCUCUGGGUUCGCCUUCUUCUUUUGCCAAAAUGCAGACCCGCGCCUCAAUAAUGCCAUUUCCGUGCUGCGGGGGCUUGUCUGGAUGCUAUUGCGCGCACACCCGAGCCUGGCUCAGUACAUCCCAAAAGAAUACCGGGACAAGAAGGACAAGCGUGCAGCUAUGUUUGAGAAUCCGAACCAGACUUUGUUCUCGACCCUGAAGAUCAUGCUCACCUCUAUCCUCAUUGAUGCCUGCUUCGACCGGCUUUACAUACUUGUGGACGCUCUCGAUGAGUGUAGUCAGGAUUCGGACAAGCUAGUCGACUUGAUAAGGCAAGACACCACGAAUCCUCAUUCAAGAGCGAAGUGGCUCGUCUCAGGUCGCUACACGGUACGACUCAACAGAGAACUGAAGCCAAGCCAGCACAGGAACUUACUUUCCUUGGAGCUCAAUGAAAACCAUAUCUCGGAAGCUGUGGCUAGCUUCAUCAAGCAGAAGGUCGACGACCUAGUCACUACCGACAACAGAAAGCUACGGAAGCAGGUCCGAGACCGGAUGAUGGAGAAGGCCGAAUCCACCUUUCUUUGGGCUGCGUUAGUGUGCAAGCAUCUCAAAGGACUCGCACAGUUGCAGAUUUUAGAGGAGCUCGACAAGUUCCCACCUGGAUUGGCACCGCUUUACGAAAGGAUGAUGCAGCUAAUUGAAGAGCGCGGCCUAGACCUUAGCACUAGAUGUAAACACGUCCUUCGCGCAGUUUCCAUCACCUACCGGCCCCUCACCCUCCACGAGCUUGCUCCGGUAGCGGAUCUCUGGCUACCACUGGAUCACCUUCGCGAGCUCGUCGACCUCUGUGCCUCAUUUGUUACGAUUCGCAAGGAUACCAUUCGGUUUAUCCACCAGUCCGCCAAGGACUACCUGGACAUCUUGCAUACGAUCUUCCCUCGGACACGGGAGGAAGAACAUCGCCAAGUCGUAACGCGCUGUCUAAAGGCUAUGUCCGACACUCUGAAGAGAGACGUAUAUGGCCUGGAUCGACCCGGCUUUGCAGUCUCAGACGUCGUUAUACCUUCUCCGGAUCCACUCUUCGCUGUUCGGUACGCAUGCACCUACUGGACACGCCACCUCCUCGAGCCGAACGCUGGAUUGCAGGACGGCGACAUAAUGAACUCAGUCGCUAUAUUCCUUCAGAUCCACUUUCUCCAUUGGCUCGAGGGUCUGAGUCUUGUGAAACAACUGCCUGGCGCUGUUGUGUCCUUGAGCAGACUAGCUAGUGAGGUACUAGGUCAUCUACCAAUCGAGCGUCGAAACACAGGACACUCUGCCCCGAUCCCGAUAAUCAACAUGGAGGAUAAUAGUCUAUACGGCUUUCUUCAGGAUGCACACCGCUUUACUAUGUAUUAUCGAUGGGUGAUUGAGAAUUAUCCGCUACAGGUCUAUGCGUCUGCAUUAGUGUUUAGCCCUGCGCGCAGCCGCGUUCGGAUGACUUUUCGACACGAAGAACCGACUUGGAUCAAAAUGAAGCCGGCCAUGAAAGAUCAGUGGAAUGAAUGCCUCCAGACGCUGGAGGGCCAUAGCGAUCCGGUCAACUCGGUCGUGUUCUCGCACGACGGCUGCCGGCUCGCGUCGGCGUCGGACGACGAGAACGUCAAGGUGUGGGAUGCCACGACGGGCCAAUGCCUCCAGACGCUUGAGGGGCAUAACAGUUGGGUCAAGUCGGUCGUGUUCUCGCACGACGGCUGCCGGCUCGUGUCGGCGUCGGGCGACAAGACCGUCAAGAUGUGGGAUGCUACGACGGGCCAAUGCCUCCGGACGCUGGAGGGUCAUAGCGAUGCGGUCAACUCGGUCGUGUUCUCGCACGACGGCUUCCGGCUCGCGUCGGCGUCGAGGGACGAGAACACCGUCAAGGUGUGGGAUACUCCGACGGGCCAAUGCCUCCAGACGCUUGAGGGCCAUACUAGUUGGGUCAAGUCGGUCGUGUUCUCGCACGACGGCUGCCGGCUCGCGUCCGCGUCGGGCGACAAGACCGUCAAGGUGUGGGAUACUCCGACGGGCCAAUGCCUCCAGACGCUUGAGGGCCAUACUAGUUGGGUCAAGUCGGUCGUGUUCUCGCACGACGGCUGCCGGCUCGCGUCCGCGUCGGGCGACAAGACCGUCAAGGUGUGGGAUGCCACGACGGGCCAAUGCCUUCAGACGCUCGAUAUGGGGAUGGAAGUGUCUCAUAUCGAGUUCAACAAACAAGGGGACUGCCUCCACACUGAUCUUGGCACAUUUACGCUUUUACCUACGGCAUCAGAACAAGCCUCUUCGAUCUUAUCCACGCCCUUUUCGCAUUCGUCUUUAAACGGGCAGCGUCGUGGCUAUGGUCUAAGCGCAGAUCGCACUUGGAUUCUUUUUGACGGUGAAAAAUGGCUCUGGCUACCACCAGAGUAUCGUCCUACUGCAUCAGCCGUAGGUAAGAGGAGGGUAGCUGUUGGAUGUGCGUCUGGCCGCGUGCUGCAAUGGGCAUUUUAAUGCGAGAAUCUGCUUAGAUUGCGGGUAGCCUACUAGGUCGUACUUCUGACUUUUUCCCUGCCUUUUCUUUCUAUUAUUUAUUCUAUGUUGUUUAGGGCGUUAGUGUGUCGGCAGUCG